CCGACUCUCCACACAACCAUUACGAGUCGUAGGAUGCCACGGAAAUAAUCUUGGCAUCUUACCUAGGUACUCUGAAAGAGGAGAAGUCUUGGUGAUCUUCUAUCUAGUAACGCUGGAUUGUUUCUAUCUACCAAAAUAUGCUUCUACGGACUACAAGCUAACCAUUAUAUUCAACUCUGGGUUUGUUAGAGACCUUGACGUAUCCCCAAUUGAGCAUACAUUUCAAACAAGUGCCACCCCUACUGCGGUAUGGAUGUCUGCUCGAAUCGCGUAGAGCACGUCGGGCUCCUAGCCGAUGUGGAUGGGGAUAACGAUAACGGCCGAUAUUCUCAGCCGUCAACUCGCACACGCCUUAUCCAAAGGCCCAGGUUGUUUCUAGUUAUAUUGUCAAUCUCAACCCUUCUGAAUGUUGUGCUUUUUGUUGUUUCUCUACACCUAGUAUUCAAAAGUGAGCCUCCGUCCAAAUACGCGAAUCUCCAGCGCAACAACGAAGAACCCUAUGUCCGUGUGACACGGUAUAGUUCCGAAAACGAAACCCUUCAAGACGAGUUAUGGCACAACAUCAACGUUGACUACGGCGUAGUCGCGUUAUCUGAUCAAUGGGCGGCUGAGCAUGGCCUUAGAACGGCCCAAAGAUUUCCAUGGGAUCAGAGCAAAGGGAUAUACAUUUUGCACGCUUUUCAUAAUCUGCACUGUCUUAAAAUCGUCCACAUCUCUCUGGCAGAGUACAGGCGUGGAGCUCCUCAAUCUCGCGACCAGCAUCAUAUCAAUCACUGCUUAGAUGCCUUGCGCAGGCAGAUAAUAUGUGAUGCCGACGACACACCGCGGGCUACUGAGCAUCGGAAAGAGGUGGUCAGUGGGCUUUUGCAGCAUCGCAAGUGUCGUAGUUGGGAAGAACUGGAGGCUUUUGCAAAGCGGCACACGGCGUGUUAUAAGCGUCCCGAAGACCCGAAAAGGGCCAAGGGAAGACCUAUCCUGGAGAGAUUCAAGCAUUGCCCUCCAGACAGCGGGUACGUUGUCAUAGAUGAUUAUAUGUCCCCAGACGAAUUUAUGGUGGGGCUACCAGAGGAGUCGUUGGAAAGUAUCUAAAGGCCUGUCCUCUCUUUUCGUUCGGUUCGCAUAGCACUAUAUUUCGAGUACUUUGUGAUAUGGUCACUUAUUCCUGGGUACUGGUCAAUUGUUCAUCUUCGCGAUUGACGCAACGCUCCAUGCUUAAUAUGUUGUCUAGGGGGUACAUAAACUUCUCCGAACAUCUUUACAUGUCUGUAGGGUCAAUUGCGUGGUAGCUCACUCGAACGAGAUUCGAUGGAUACUAGGAGUAUCAAAUGAAUGUGGAUAAUGCUAGGCUAAAAACAAUAUUUCAACGAUUGUCCUUAUUCCCGUACCAACAUAUUUAAUACCUAAGUUGUCCAUAGUAAAGGUUCUCUCUCUCUCCUUCUCAGCAUUGGAGCUUCUAUGAGAAUUGAUUCAACUUUAGAAAUAUUCAUCCUACCACAAGUUAUUCCUUUAAAUAAUUCCGCAGGUGCGUGAUCCCAUAUUGUAGAAUCACUUAGAGGCGGUACGCUUCUUGAAGGCUUCUGACACGUCAAGUUCAGCCUCUCCCCGUUUGAAGCCCUCUGACAUAUCAACUUCAGGCUCUUCUCUCUUGAAUGCUU